UCGGGUUUCCCUGGCUUGGCCGGCUGCUGGUUUGCAGCGCGGGAGCGGAGGGUUGAGAAGGUUGCACGAAGGAGCCUUGCAAGUGUUAUGGGCAGCAUCUUGCAUCAUCAUCAUCAUUAUUAAUACCCCACGUCCUGUACAUUUCUUCUUAUUUUUUGGAAUACCAUUACAUUUGGUAACUGUUAACGACUGGACGCGAGGAAGCACGUGGAUAAGGAUGUCCGAAAAGUGUUUUGGGUUUUUGUUUUGUUUUGGCACUGCAUGGCAUAUAGCGUCCUGAAGGCUCUGGGUGUGCGCGAACGCCAUUUCCGCUGUGCCCACUUUGCUCGAGUGUUUGGAACCAGAAAAAGAGCAGUGAAAGGACGGCUUUGGAGAAACGUAACCUUUGGAGUGGGAGAAGAAAUGUCAAGCAGAGGAACAACGCAUUGCCACAGGAACAGAAUGUUCCUCCAGCGAUGAGUGUUUCGAUAUAUAUUUUUUUUAAAAAAAGGUGCAACAAUUGAAACAUAACCCCCCUCCCACUCCCCCCCACCCCCAGAAACCUUCAUAUUAAAGUAAACAAGCACAAUCAUCCGAAUGCAAAGGUGUUCUGCUGCUGCUGUGCUGAAAUGCUGUUUGUUAAAAGAUUCUGUGCUUCACAUCUGAAGAUCAGCAAGAUGCCCCAUCGGUUCCAGAGUAACAAACAACCAGUUGCUCCCCUUGGGUCACGGGUUUUGUUGGAUCCAGAUAAAGUUUUUGAUCACAACAUGUGGGACCACAUGCAGUGGUCGCAGGAAGAAGAAGAAAGAGCCAAGGAAAAAGCCACAGAGAAUUCAGUCAUCAGAGUACAACCAGAGCUGCAAGCAAAGUAUGAGAGAGAAGCCAGUAGGUAUUGGAAUGAAUUUUACAAGAUCCACAAGAACCAUUUUUUCAAAGAUCGCAAGUGGUUGUUUCUGGAAUUUCCAGAAAUUCUUCCAGAAGGAAAAUCUGACCUUUGUAGAAAAGUGGCUACAGAAAACUUGAGAUGUACUGGUUUACUUGAAGACAACCAUCUUUGUGAGGAUAAUUCUGCUGCAAAAGUUUCUUCCGUUUUGAGCGCAUGUUAUGAUAACUCCGCAGCUGAUAAGCAAAUUGUCAAGAGCACUGGGAAACAAUUCCCUGGCGGUGAUGCCGCUUACCGAAUAUUAGAGGUUGGCUGUGGUGCUGGUAACAGUUUUUUCCCUAUUUUGGAAGUGACUCGCCACCAUCCUGGAGUCUUUCUGUAUUGCUGUGAUUUUGCUUCAGAAGCGGUGGAUCUCAUCAAGUCGCAUCCACUCAUCGAUUCCUCCCGGUGUUUUGCCUUUGUUCACGAUGUGUGUGAUGAUGCCUCGCCCUACCCCUUCCCAGAUGACAGCCUGGAUGUCAUUCUCCUCAUCUUUGUCCUCUCUUCCGUUCACCCUAACAGGAUCCAAGGAGUUGUACACAGGCUUGCCAGAUUAUUGAAACCUGGAGGAAUGAUACUCUUUCGAGACUAUGGAAGAUACGACGCUUCUCAGCUUCGUUUCAAAAAAGGCCGCUGCUUGUCGGAGAACUUCUAUGUAAGAGGCGACGGCACCAGAGCUUAUUUCUUCACGAAAGAUGAAAUACGCAGCAUUUUCUCUUCGGCGGGCUUAAGCGAAGUGCAGAACCUGCUUGAUCGACGUCUGCAAGUAAACAGGAAGAAGAGGGUGAAGAUACAUCGGGUCUGGAUACAAGGCAAGUUCCAAAAACAACGGGAGCUGACUCAAGAGUAGGCAAGAAAAUGCUGCAGGUAAACACAACUCUUAGCCUGAGCAGGCAUGUCCCCUCAAACGUCCGGAAAAACCAGGAACGCAUUUGAGCAGAAACACUUUAUUUACCAUUUCCGCAUAUGUCGGUAUGAAUUGGACACAACCCAGAAGUGUGUGUGUGUGUUUGUGACUUGCCUCUUGCACACUCAUUGGGAAGGAAUUCCUACACUGCAGGGGCUAGUUGAGCCUCGCAGUCCCUUCCAACUCUACAAUUCUGUGAUUCUAUGAAUGAAACUGUUUCAGCUGCUUUUGUGCUCUGUUCAUUGCCAGAAAGCAAUUGCUUUUUAAUUACUGUCCCGACCAGGAGAUUCAAAAGAUCGCUGGAGGGCCAAAGGUUUGGGUCAGGAUUUUGACAGUGAAAGUAGGGUGGGGAAAACUAGAGACUAAAAGUGGAGAAAAAGAGACUAAAGGAAAAUGAAGCCUCGACAAAAAGAGGGGAAGGGAGGAAUCCAAAACAAAACUGGGAAAGAGAAAGUUGAACUGAGCUCUCCUGCCCUUUGGAUUGGCCAACAGGUUGGUAGGAUGUAAGGAAUGAAUGCCUAGAAGUGAAGUUGGAAAAGCAAAUCCCUAACCCUAACCCUUCCCACAAAUACAUCUAAACAGAUACGGGAUGUUAAUCAGCCAAAGGCCAGGUUGAAGAGGAACGUUUUGCCUGGUGCCUUAAAGGUGUAUAAUGAAGGCACCAGGCAAUCCUUCCCAGGGAGAGCAUUUGACAAGCGGGGAGCCACUGCAGAGAAGGCCCUGUUCUCAUGUUGCCACCCUCUGGAUACAAAGGCACACAAAGAAGGGCCUCAGAAGAUGAACUCAGGGUCCAGAUAGGUUCCUGUGGGGAGAGCCAGUCCUUGGGGUAUUUCAGUCCUGAAAUCCUUAAGAAUUUAUAGGUCAAAACCAGCCCUUUGAAUUGAGCCCAGAAACUAAUUGGCAGCCAGUGCAGUUGGGCCAUUUGAAAGAUUGACACGUGGUUAAAUAUCCUGAAAGAAAGGAAGGGACGUUUGAGGUUUUUUUUUUUAGCAAACUGGAAUUGGUUUGUGAGCUUUUGGAACACCUGUUUUAAUAAAAGCAAUUUCUUGACACUUGGUUGGUGAGCUAUAGGAAGCAUAAAGUGAAGGGAUGUAAUAGUAUGAACUGUACAUGCAUAUGGAACAAUAUAUCUGGUAUGCAAUCUUUUGGAAUUAAAAAAAAAACCAAAAAAUGUUGUAGUGUGUUAAUUACUGUUUAUGCAGCGCCAUGUGCAUGGUACUUUGACAAUAACAAAAAGAAAGGUCUCUGCUCUAAGGGGAGAAGAAAAGACAGAAGUGGGGAUCAUUUGCUCCAUUCCCAUACGUGCCCUUGGACAGAGCUAUGAGAGAUGUCAUCUAUAUCCUCUAUCUCUGCUUUUAAAAACGCCAUGGAAGUGUUAUGUGGUUAUGUAACUGUGUCUUGGUGUGCUUUGGCUGGACUUGGAGAAUUAGUCAUCAGCCUGUACUAAGCAUUCAGCAUUUUAUAGCCCUGCAGAAAAGUUGCCAACUGCUGUAUAAUGUUUAGCUUUUUACUCGCCCCUAGCCAUUCCACAGUGGGGAACAGAGGCUGAAAGAUAGGAGACCUAGGAAAUGUCACACGUCUCGAACUGAAGGGUUCCUUCAGUUCAUGGCAGGAUCCUGGAGAAGUUCCUCACUUGAGGAAGAGGGGGGAAUUUUUGCCAGUUUCCCCUACCUCCAGAUCCCAGCACCACCUCUUGUGUUGUCCCAGAUGUUUCCCUGGUCCUCCAUAGCAACUUUUUUGGGGGGGAGGGGGGCGGAAAGAGCACAGUGAUCUGCAGGAGGACUUGGCAAAGAUCACCUUUCCGCUGCUCCCUCUGAGCGCAAGAUUGGAUCCAGCUGAAUGAGUCCAUGGUUCAGGCUAAUUUUUUAACUUUAGACACCCAUGUUUGAAAUCUUGCUGCACUAUCCUCGUCUACUCAGAAGUCUUGUUGAAUUCAGUGGGGUUUACUCGGGUAAGUGAUGUUAGGAGUGCAGCCUUGGACUGCUGGAUUACAUUUAUAUUCCUUCAUAUUCAACUGUUUUUAUUACUGCCGGGAGUUUUCUGCUGUACUGUUCCACUUAAUGCCCAUAGCUAAUAGAAAUUGUCUGGAGCGUUUUUGAAGAGUAGACCCAGAAUGCUAGCUGUGUUAUGUAGCUGUGUUAUGUAUCUUAACCGCUCAAUCAUAUGUGAAGACAUACAUGCAGUGUGGUUUUCUCACAUUUGAUCGGCUAUGUAUUGUCUUGUUUCAUGGAAGCUGAAAUGAGGAACACGGCAAUGUUGUGUGUUCUACACACAUUCAGAGAAAGCAAGUUUACAGACGUAUUAAUAGUUUGAAGCAGGAAUGAGGAACCCAAAGUCUAGAUGCUGUUUGGACUUCCAGCUCCUCGUCAGAGGAUCGGGUAUGAUGGGAAUUGUAGACUGCGUACCCAGUAAAUAUGUGGUUAGUGUAACACACUGAAGCAGGCAUUCUUUUUGGAGGAAAUGGGGUUUAACUCCAGCCAUGAUUGAAGGAAACAGCUUUCUUCAUAGAUCUUGAAGCUAAUAUCUGGACAAACGUGGACUUCCACCGGUUCAGUGUGCUCAGUGAAUGCAAAAUACUUAAACGUGAGACAUCCCUUUUUGACUUUUAAGAGGGACCUACAGAUAUUUCUUAAAACACCGGUUUGUACUCUGCAUAUCCACAAAAGCUUUCAGUGCUGUCAUUCUUGCCAAGAAAUAAUGAUUGGCAUGAACAUAUGCUUUUAACCCUUAAAACGGAAUGUUUUGUGUAAAAUGUUUCUAUUAAUAUCAAUAUGAACACUGGAUUUUUAAAGAUGGGAGGGGAUCCUAUCUGAACAUUGAAUCCCUCAACAGCACCCCAUUUUUUCCAGCUGUAUCUUGGGGGGAAAUUCAGAUGCUCAAAUAAAAGGGAGUGGUGUUGUAAGGGGGGCAAGAGGACUUGGACUAUUGAAGAUUCUAUUCUGCAAUUCUUUACAAGUUAUUAUAUAAAACUACCAUUGUCUCAUGUAAUCAGACAGCGGUCUAGUUUGCAGCACUGCAAGAUUCCUGGGGUUACAACCAGGUUUGUUGAUGGUCUGAAGUGAAGAACAACUGCGGAAAAACAGGUUUCCUUUGUAAUUUAUUUCCUUUCCUUUCUGUAUCUUAACUUCUAAUCAGCAAAGGGACUUUGGGUCAGUCAAAACUGAAGAACUGAAGCCAUGGCUGGGUAUAAUCCAGGCUUGACUUUACAUAGAAAUAAACCAGUGAUAGUUUUGUAUCCCAGAUAAACAAGCCAUACUUGUUAAUAAUGUGUGAACACAAAUUAGUAGAUUGAAAAGGACACCGUGCUACCGCUUUCAAAGUGUGAAAUUGUGUUUAUUUUUAAACUAGAGUGCUCUCUCUCACAAACAUAGAGGGAGGAAAACAAGUCGCAAGAGCAACAUUGAAUUUAUAAGCGUUCAUCAGAAAUCAAUAGGUGUUUUUGACAGGAGCCUCUUCUUAAAACUUUGGUUUUUAUUCUACCUCUGCUAGCUUUAUGGGGAAAUAGGAGCAGUUCCAAAACAAAAAAGGCAGCCAUGAUGAACAGCAUUGCAGCAUGUUUUAAAGACUAAAAAACAAACAGCUAGUUGACUUACCUAGAGAAUGACUGUUGGAUGCUGUAAAUAUUUGUUUUGCUUUGAAACAAUGAAAUGUAAGGCAGCCUCUUGUGAAAAGGAUUUGGUCCAAAGGCUUUAGAACAGAUUCUGAUCUAAUUUAGGCCAAUUCAGACAGUACAGUGAAAUGCAGGGGCAAAACACUAGUAUUCCUUAGAUCAAAAUGGCAAGCACUGUGUCUUUUAUUUUAAAACACCCCUCUGUCUUAAUAUGUUGUUAAAGGAGGAAAGUGGAGUUCUGUCACUGAUGAAAGUUACCUUUUUAAAUGAAUACCCUUCCUGUGCAAAUUUGCCACAUCUUAAUUGAGCCUGGGAGAGGAGUGCUGGGGGCCUUGUUUAUAAAUUUGACAGGAUGAAGUGAGAUGAAAAUGGUUCUUGUUAACCACUUUGCCCACUUACAUUUUCAGGAAGCAUAUAAUUAAUAUGUGGAGCCAUGGACCUAGUUAAUAAAGUAAUGGACACCGGCCAGUAGGCGCCAGCGACACUUGCACAAUCGCUCUCCACACAGCAAAACCAGGGAGGGAAGCUUGCCAGCAACAUAAGUGCUUGUGGGGCACCAAACAGAUGUAGGGAUUUAUAGUGGCUGAUCACCAGUCCAAUGUGGAGCAACAUGUAUCUUUGAGGGGGUUCCACACCCUCUGAAGCAGUGGGUAUGUAGCUUGGGAGUACAGUGGUACCUUAGUUUAUGAACUUAAUCCAUUCCGGAAGUCCGUUCUUAAACCAAAACCGUUCUUAAACUGAGGCGCGCUUUCCCUAUGGAGGCCUCCUGCCACCGGUGCCCUUCCACCGUUUGGAUUCCGUUCUUCGACCGAGUGAAGUUCGCAAACGAAGACACUAUUUCCGGUUUUGCAGAGUUUGUAAACCAAAUCAUUCUUAAACCAGGCUGUUCUUAAACCGAGGUACCACUGUACUUCCAGAGCCACUUUUGUCGCUUGAGGCUCAGGUGGCCUUGGUGGCGCAGAGUGCCCUUCCAUCAGCCUUGGCUGGUGGCCCAGCUGCACCCCUAUCUGGACAGGGAUACCCCAAUUUCUCUUAUCUGUGCUCUGGUAACUUUGGGUUAGAUUAGUGCAACACAUACAUAGGGCUGCCUCUGAAACUUCAGCUAGUGUGGAAUUGGGCUGCCCGGUUGCUCACUGCGGCAGGACUGUUUGAGCAUAUUAACACCAAUCCUGGCUCCAGUUUGUGAAUCUCAUCUGGCCUAUAAAAACUGAGGUUGCUGAACAGACUCUUGGGCCGGGGUGCUGUUGGCAGGGAUAUGGUUGCUGUUGGUUUUCUGUAUAUUUUAGAUCUUCUUGUGAUUUUUGUGGAAAUUGUCCAUCUUGGUUGUGUAAUUUUUAAUCUUUAUGGCUUACUGUUUAUGACUAUUUUUGUUAUGUUGUUGUAUUUAAUGUGUUUUUUUCAUGUUGUAAGCUGCCUUGAGCAUGCUUUGAACUAUGGAAAGGUGGUACACAAGUAAAAUUAUGUCUGCAUGUAACAACAACAUCAACAACAUAGAUCCCACAAGCCUGAAGUAUGUCUGUUGCGGCUUUUUGUAUGUGCAUUGAGUGGGCAAUAUCUAAAGUGAAGAAGCUAUUCACAAAGCCUUUCUAUUUCCUUUUCUUUCAAUGUUGCAAUAGCACAAACCAUACUGCAUCAAGAUGGAUAGAUUCCUGGAAAGAGAAGAGAUCUUUUCACAUGAGGAGUUACACACUUCCUUCCUGCCUUUAUCCUAUAUAAUAAAGUGCAAGUGUCUCUGCGUCCAGAUUCCCUGUGUCCCUGUGUCCGCGCUACUGCGCAUGUGCCCCACGGACACAGGGAUUGGAUGCAGAUACUGCACACACACACACACACGCUCUUCCCCCCCCCACCUACCGUUUCCCUGCGGCCGCCAACCACCGCUCC